AUGUCUUCGUUAGACGAUUUACACCCUCAAGCCUCGACACGCACCACCACAAAGCCACAACGAACCCUCGCUUGCACAUCCUGCCAAAACCGCAAAGUAAAAUGCGAUAGGAAAUUUCCUUGCAGCAGUUGUAUUAAGAGUAACGUGCAAUGUAUCCCUGUAGCUGCUCCACGACAACGUCGACGUCGGUUUCCUGAAGCCGAGUUGUUGGCACGGGUUAGAUACCUAGAAGAUUUGCUGAGGCAACAUGAUGUAGAGUUCGAGCCCUUGCACAGGAAUGCUACUGAAAACAUCGAGAACAAGAGUGGCAGUGAAGGAAAAAGAAAAGGCAGUCCGGAAAUCAAGACGGAGACGACAUUCGAGGCUAAGUAUCUACAUCUACUAAAUCUGUGGCAAGCUAUGAAUUUAAAAGUGCGACCUCAUCGCCAUCUCUCCUUGAUGGAAGAAACCAACGACCUCCGCGACGCGGCUGGAAAGAAAACCUGGGACCAAAUGUACAAGAACACUACCAAUUUCCUGUUCUUCGGAUCCCUAAUUCCAGAUCUGGAUUUUACGGCUUUACAUCCUUCUGAUCAUGUUCAAGUCUUCAGACUCUGGCAGGUGUAUCUCGAGAACGUGGAUCCGUUGUUAAAAGUUACGCAUACGCCUACUUUGCAAGUCAGAUUGAUUGAUGCCACAGGGAACCUCGGCAAUGUUGAGUCUAGACUGGAAGCAUUGAUGUUUGGGAUUUAUUGUGUGGCUGUCAUGAGCUUGACGGAUAUGGAGUGUUUGGAUAUGUUUGCAGCUGGCAGAGAUGGUCUCUUGCAGAGAUAUCGGUUUGGGUGUCAACAAGCAUUACUCAAGUGUGGGUUUCUUCAAACUGAUGAUCGAGACUGUCUAACAGCUUUGUUCCUAUACCUUGUUGCUGUGAGACCAGAUACCGAUCCUCGAUCUCUAUCGUCGUUGCUAGGUCUGACUGUGCGAAUUGCACAACGUAUGGGCCUAGACAAUGAAUCAGCCAAUACAAGAUGUGGUCCACUAGAGGGUGAGAUGCGUCGCAGGAUAUGGUGGGCUCUUCUCCUGUUUGACAAUCGAGUCUGCGAGAUGGGCGACUACAGAGCAGUCACUUUGACUCCAUCAUGGAACUGCAAGAUCCCUGCAAAUCUCAACGACUUCGACCUCCAAGCAGGAAUGAAAACACUGCCUCAAAGUCACGACAGGCCUACAGAAUCAACUUUGGCGGUCUUGCGCUACGCAGUGGCAGAUCUCGUUCGCCACAGCUCUUUCUUCCUCGACUUUACAAACCCAGCUUUAAAGGCUCUUGCCAAACCCAACGAUCAUGGCGGUGAUCUCGUAAGCCUUCAGCAGAAGAUCGAGGACGAUUACCUCCGGCACCUGAAUCCAGAAAAUCCACACCACUUCGUGACACUCUGGCUUAUACGCGGCCACAUAGCCCGCUACCUUCUUUUCCAGCACUUUUCCAUUCCACCAUACAAGCAAACGGAUCAAGAACGCGACGAAUCUAUCGCACACGCACUAAAAAUGCUCGACUGCCACACCAGAAUAAUGACCAACCCGUCCACCAAACGACAUACCUGGUUUUUAUAUUUCCACUUCCCGUUCCCUGCUUACAUCCACAUUCUGCAAUAUUUAAGACGCGAACCUUUGGCCAAACAUGCAGAGAUCUGUUGGAAGAACAUGAGCGACAGUGCGAAAGUCAGAUUUGCAGAUCCAGAGCAGACUGCAUAUCCAUUUUACAAGACGCCGUUGUUCAAAACAUUCACGAAGAUUGUUGUCAAGGCUUGGGAAGCCAGAGUUGCUGCUCUACAAAGGCAGGGUAAGGCUGAUGAGAAAGUGCCUUAUAUUGUCGAAGAGUUCAAGAGGAGGGUACAAGUAUCGGAGUCUUCUCUCUCAGAUGUCGCAAGCUGCGUUCCAGCCAUGUCUUCUGGGUUUGAGUCUGAUGAGUCGAUAUUGCCCUUUCCGAUGAUGAGUUUCGGAGGUCCUUUCGACGAUCUCAAUAGUCAUGGUGGUCUAGAGCUAGGAGAUGGGCUCGCUGGUGACAGUGUGAUGGAUGUCGAUAUGAGUGCUCUUGAUCUGACAGCGACAGACUGGCCUCUGUUGAACAUGCCUAGGUCCUGA